CCGUGGGCGCCGCCUACGCCAUCAAGCGCGCCGACGCCGACCGGGCGGUGGUGUGUUAUUUCGGCGAGGGCGCUGCCAGCGAGGGCGAUGCCCACGCCGGCUUCAACUUCGCCGCCACCCUCGAGCGCCCCCUCGGCUUCUUCUGGAUCCGGGUGGAUGGCAACGACGUCUUCGCCGUCUACAACGCCACCAAGGAAGCGCGGCGCCGCGCCGUGGCGGAGAACCGGCCCGUCCUCAUCGAGGCCAUGACGUACCGGAUCGGGCACCACAGCACCAGUGACGACAGCUCGGCGUACCGGUCGGUGGAUGAGGUGGAUUACUGGGAUAAACGGGAUCAUCCCAUCUCCCGGCUCCGGCACUACAUGCUCAACCGGAACUGGUGGGAUGAGGAAGAGGAGAAGAGUUGGCGCAGGAGCUCCCGCAGGAUGGUAGCGGGGCUGGGAUUAGGGAUCUCUGGGAUUAGGGGGAAGGGGAAUCUCUGGGAUUAG